AUGGCUAUUUCACGUAUCAUUUCCGCUCUUACUCUCAUUGUCGUUCUUGUUGGGUCCACUAUUGCCCAAGGGCCCGUUGGAGCACCAAGCCCAAGCCCUACUCAGCCCGUGUCACCAGCCCCUACCCCUACCAUACCUACUCCAACUCCAAGCCCAAUCCAAGCACCAACCCUAGCCCCAACUCCAGUUCAAGUGCCAACCCUGGCCCCAAUUCCAGUAUUAGUGCCAACACUAGCUCCAUCCCCAGCCCAAGUGCCAACUCUGGCCCCCACCAUGGGCCCAUCUAUUGCUCCUGCUCCAGAGCUAGUCAUUGAGGGGCCUACUCCUGCCCCAUCCCCUGAUUUUGGAGAUGAUGCUGAUAACAUGACUGAUUCCGCCUUCUUACAAGGAACCAACUUGGCUCUCCUAGUAUUCCUAGGAAUUAUUGCCGUCAUCUUUGCCUAA